CAGCGUUGGAAAAGCCCAUAAUCAAACUGACUUCUCCCAGUGGUGGACUGGUUUGGGUUUCUGGACAUGCGGAGGUCACCAGGGGUCACAGCUUUAUCUUCAACUGCUCUUUAAACUCCAAUAAUUCUUCAGAUUAUUUUAUUCUCAAGUUUUCCAGCCAGGAUAACAGCAAACGUUGGACCAGCCAGUCAAAUUCAUUCAACUUCUAUGAAGCUGAAUACGACCAUGAGGGGAACUACAGCUGUGUGCAUGAAGGCAACAGGAACAACACGUCUCCUGAGUCAGAUCCAAUUUAUGUCACCAUUAAAUACCCCUUGUUGAAACUGCUGCUCUACUCGGUGGUCCCUGGGGCCACGCUGCUGCUUCUGGUGCUGGUUCUGAUUGUCGUCCUGGUCUGCAGGCGAAGACGACGAGACCGCCGCCCAGAAAGCGUAACCCUAACUCAAACGGCCGCUGUGAGAAACAAUUAUAAUGAUGAUGAAGAGGAGGAACAGGACUACAUAAACGUUGACCCAGGGGACAGCAACAGAAAGUUAAACCCUGUCGCCAGUGAAGAGGAUGAAGAUGGAAAUGAUUAUGAGAACCUAGAGGAUAAAGAGGACAGUGAUUACGAGAAACCAGAAGAUGACGAUGACAAUGAUUACGAGAACCUACAGGAUGAAGACGAUAAUGUGAAGGCCACAAAGGCUGCUGUUGCUGCUAAGAAACAACGAGAGGAAGACUGCGAUGAAGAGGAAAGCAGCGACGAUGAACAUGACUAUGUAAACUUAGAUGGGUCCAUUUCUGAACAAACCGUGGACAUUUAUGAAGGACAGCAGGACAUUUAUCAGAACACUUAGAUUCAUGAAGACACGGAGGAUUUAAAGCCUUCAAAUGGAUGCAGCAGAACAACAUCUAACUUAUUAUAAAAAAAAGUUUUACAGGUUUUACAAUGGUAAAAUAUCCUUUUCUAAGUUCCUUAAUUAACCGGAUGAAAAAUUUGAGCAGAGUUAAAGGCUCAAAGAUGUUCAACAAUGGAGAAAAAGAAAGUUCACUUCUAGGAUUUAACAUACUGGGGCAUAAUAAAAAUGAUGUUAUGGGGGGUUAUUAUGUAUUUUCCAGACACACAG